AAAUGCACCGCGGUGGGAGUCCCGAGCCUGGGUUCUGGCUCCCGCUUAUCACUCGGCGGCCGCACUGGCACGCCGUCCUUGGGAGCUUCCCCGCUGCUCGCAGUCCCUCCGCUCUCGGCAGACGCCCCCUUCUCCCCACCUGACUCCCCGGAAGCUUUUCCAUUCCACGACGCAAUCCUUUGUCCCAUCCUGAACAUCCCCUCGGCCUCUGGCAGCCCCGCACCCCAUGGACGCCGAGCCUGGCCGGACAUGGACAGGGAGACGCGCGUGUUCGCAGAGAACCACUUUCGACGCCUCCGAGGGCGUCUCCCCAGCAGUGUCUGCCCGACCCCGGACCGUGUGGACUUUAUUGAGAAUCCAGACUCCUUUUCCUACGCGGACUUCUUCAAGGGUUACCUGAUCCCCAACCUGCCGUGUGUUUUCUCCAGCGCCUUCACCGAGGGCUGGGGCAGCAGGAGGCACUGGGUGACACCCAGUGGGAAGCCUGACUUCGAUUAUCUGCUUCAGAAUUAUGGAGACGUAGUUGUACCUGUUGCAGACUGCGGGGUCCAGGAGUACAACUCGAACCCUAAAGAACACAUGCCCCUCAGAGAUUACAUCAACUACUGGAAAGAGUUCAUCCAGGGGGGCUACUCCUCUCCACGGGGCUGUCUCUACCUCAAAGACUGGCACCUGUGCAGGGACCACUCUGCCGAGGGCUUGUUCACCCUGCCCGUGUACUUCUCCUCCGACUGGCUCAACGAGUACUGGGACACCCUGGCUGUGGACGACUACCGUUUCAUCUACAUGGGCCCCGCCGGCACCUGGUCGCCGUUCCAUGCCGACAUUUUCCGCUCCUACAGCUGGUCUGUCAAUAUCUGCGGGAGGAAAAAGUGGCUCCUCUUCGCACCAGGCCAAGAAGAAACCCUACGGGACUGCCAUGGUGGCCUGCCCUACGACGUGACCGCCCCGGCCUUCCUGGAGAGCCGCCCGCACCCAGGGCCGGAGUGCGGCAGCCCAGCUCUGGAGGUCACACAGGAGGCAGGCGAGAUGGUGUUCGUGCCCAGCGGGUGGCACCACCAAGUCCACAACUUGGAGGACACUAUCUCCAUCAACCAUAACUGGGUCAACGGCUGUAACCUGGCCAACAUGUGGCAUUUCCUGCAGCAGGAGCUCCGUGCCGUGCAGCGGGAGGUCGGCGAAUGGAGGGACACCAUGCCUGACUGGCACCACCACUGCCAGGUCAUCAUGAGGUCCUGCUCUGGGAUCAAUUUUGAAGAAUUCUACCACUUCCUCAAGGUCAUUGCCGAAAGGAGGCUCCUCCUAGUGAAGGAGAUAGGCCCUGGUGAAGAGGGGGGUGGCGAGGGCCCUGGGCUGGGCCCCCAGCAGGCCAUGUUUGACAUCAGCCGGAUCGCUGAGGUGCUGGCGUCUGUGGUAGCCAACCCCGACUUCCAGAGAGUGGACACCAGCGUGCUCUCGCCGCGGCCAGAGGACCUCCUGCAGCAACUGGAGGAGGCCGUGGCCGCCAUGGGGUCUCUCUAGUGUGUGCUGUGCGGGUCCCUUGACACGUCUUGGUGGGCCUGUGCAGGCACUGGCAUGGAGAGCCGUUGCCUGCUCCAGGGUCCCUUCCAGAAAUAAAGCUCCAUCCUCCUGUGU